AUGACUGCGAAAGGACCACAAAAGGUUUCUCGAUGGUACUUCGGGGGUUUGGCAAGCGCCGGUUCAGCGUAUUGCACGCACCCCCUCGAUCUGCUGAAAGUCAUCUAUCAGAUCGACAUGCGAACCAACCUGUCGAUGUGGCAGCUUGCGCGCGAGAUUGUUCGUGAUGAUGGAUUGACUGCCCUGUACAGCGGAGUUACUGCAGCAGUAUUGCGCCAGCUUACCUACUCCACGACACGCUUCGCCAUCUACGAACUGGGUAAACAGUCGGAGUAUGGCAAAGAGUCCGGUUUCUUUGGCCGCGUAGUGAUGGCCGCCAUUGGUGGAACGGUGGGAGGGUUCGUUGGUUCUCCAGCGGAUCUGAUUAACGUACGCAUGCAGAACGACGUCAAACUACCGCCGGCGCAGCGACGCAACUACAAAAACGCAAUCGAUGGCAUCGUGCGCGUUUGGCGUGAGGAGGGCUUCCGGAGGCUGUUCUCCGGCGCGAGCUCAGCGACAGCACGGUCCGUAUUUAUGACCAUAGGUCAGCUAACUUUCUACGACCAAGCGAAGUACACGCUCUUCCAGACGGGCUACUUCACGGACAACAUUGGCACGCAUUUUCUCGCUUCCGUAAUUGCGGGCGGAAUCGCCACCACAAUGACCCAACCGAUCGACGUAGUGAAAACCGUGAUGAUGAACGCUAAACCGGGCGAGUUUCGCAAUAUCGGCGCCAUCCUGCGGCACAUCGGCAAGCUCGGGCCGGUGGGAUUUUUCAAGGGAUUCGUGCCACGCUUCAUUCGCCUUGGGCCGCACACCGUUUUAACGUUUAUAUUUUUGGAGCAGCUGCGAAUCAAUUUUGGGAUAGUUCAAACCCAGGCACCCUGAAAGUGGCGUGCUGCAGGCUGUUGUAUUUAAGAAAUAUGGACUGAAAAUAGGUAGUUUCUACAUAGUCAGUAGUGUAGCGUGUAGCAGUAAGCAAAAUCAGUGAUAGAU